CCGCCCCGCCGCGCGUGCGCGUAGACGCCGCUAAACCCUGACGGUGCGAGCCUGGAAGCUGCUAACCCGACCUGGAUUGGCGCUGAGGUGGCCAGCGGGGCAGGGCAGAUGAUUCUGGACCAGAUGAAGUCUGAGGAGCCUUCCAACUCUAAGAUAGCAGGAUAGGAGACUUCAAAGACUGGAGCUGCGGAAGAGUUGCUAGCCCUCAGCGCAAUGUCAGGAAGCCAUACACCUUCUGCCUGUGGCCCUUUCUCAGCCCUGACUCCGAGCAUAUGGCCCCAGGAGACCUUGGCCAAGUACAUGCAGAAGGAAGAGUCAGCAGAGCAACCAGAGUUCUACUACGAUGAGUUUGGUUUCCGGGUGGACAAGGAAGAAGGUGGUGAGCCUGGUUCUAGUCCACUGGCGAGCUCCCCUCUGAUGGAGGAUGCUCCGCAGAGGCUGCGGUGGCAGGCCCACCUGGAGUUUACCCAUAACCACGACGUGGGGGAUCUCACCUGGGACAAGAUUGCAGUCUCCCUACCCCGCUCUGAGAAGCUCCGCUCCCUGGUGCUGGCUGGCAUCCCACAUGGCAUGAGGCCACAGCUAUGGAUGCGGCUGUCUGGAGCCCUGCAGAAGAAGAAGAACUCUGAGCUGUCCUAUCGCGAGAUUGUGAAGAACAGCUCCAACGAUGAGACCAUUGCUGCCAAACAGGGUGUCACAAGGUCUUGUCGUUGUGGGUGCUGGUGGCUGCCUGACAGAUCGAGAAGGACCUGCUCCGCACCAUGCCCAGCAACGCCUGCUUCGCCAGCAUGGGCAGCAUCGGGGUACCCCGUCUGCGCAGGGUGCUCCGGGCCCUAGCCUGGCUCUACCCAGAGAUUGGCUACUGCCAGGGCACGGGCAUGGUAGCCGCCUGCCUCCUGCUGUUCCUGGAGGAGGAGGAUGCCUUCUGGAUGAUGUGCGCCAUUGUUGAGGACCUGCUCCCCGCCUCCUACUUCAGCACGACCCUGCUAGGCGUCCAGACUGACCAGCGCGUCCUGCGCCACCUCAUCGUCCAGUACCUGCCUCGUCUGGACAAACUGCUCCAAGAGCAUGACAUCGAGCUGUCCCUGAUCACGCUGCACUGGUUCCUCACGGCCUUCGCCAGCGUGGUAGACAUCAAGCUGCUACUGCGAAUCUGGGACCUGUUUUUCUACGAGGGCUCCCGGGUGCUGUUCCAGCUCACACUGGGCAUGCUGCAUCUCAAGGAGGAAGAGCUGAUACAGUCAGAGAACUCAGCCUCCAUCUUCAACACACUCUCGGAUAUCCCGUCGCAGAUGGAGGAUGUGGAGCUGCUUCUCGGGGUGGCCAUGCGGCUGGCUGGCUCCCUCACCGAUGUGGCCGUGGAGACCCAGCGCCGCAAGCACCUGGCCUAUCUCAUUGCAGACCAGGGCCAGCUGCUGGGGGCUGGUGCCCUCACCAACCUCUCUCAGGUUGUUCGCCGCAGGACCCAGCGGAGAAAGUCCACCAUCACUGCCCUGCUCUUCGGGGAGGAUGACCUGGAGGUGCUCAAGGCCAAGAACAUCAAGCAGACGGAACUGGUGGCCGACCUCCGGGAAGCCAUCCUGCGCGUGGCCCACCACUUCCAGUGCACAGACCCCAAAAAUUGCAACGUGGAGCUGACCCCAGACUACAGCAUGGAGAGCCACCAGCGGGACCAUGAGAACUACGUGGCAUGUUCACGCAGCCACCGGCGCCGAGCCAAGGCCCUGCUGGACUUUGAGCGGCAUGACGACGACGAGCUGGGCUUCCGCAAGAAUGACAUCAUCACAAUCGUGUCUCAGAAGGACGAGCACUGCUGGGUAGGGGAGCUGAACGGCCUGCGAGGCUGGUUUCCAGCCAAGUUCGUGGAAGUCCUGGAUGAGCGCAGCAAAGAGUACUCCAUCGCGGGGGACGACUCAGUGACUGAGGGGGUCACAGACCUUGUGCGAGGGACCCUUUGCCCAGCCCUUAAGGCCCUGUUCGAACAUGGAUUGAAGAAGCCAUCCCUGCUUGGGGGUGCCUGCCACCCCUGGCUGUUUAUCGAGGAGGCUGCAGGCCGGGAGGUCGAGAGAGACUUUGCCUCCGUGUAUUCCCGCCUGGUUCUCUGUAAGACCUUCAGGUUGGACGAAGAUGGCAAGGUCCUGACCCCGGAGGAGCUGCUCUACCGGGCUGUGCAGUCUGUGAACGUGACCCACGAUGCAGUGCACGCACAAAUGGAUGUGAAGCUCCGCUCACUGAUCUGCGUGGGGCUCAAUGAGCAGGUGCUGCACCUGUGGCUGGAGGUGCUCUGCUCCAGCCUGCCCACAGUGGAGAAGUGGUACCAGCCCUGGUCCUUCCUGCGCAGCCCGGGCUGGGUCCAGAUCAAGUGUGAGCUCCGAGUCCUCUGCUGCUUUGCCUUCAGCCUCUCCCAGGACUGGGAGCUCCCUGCAAAGAGAGAGGCGCAGCAGCCCCUGAAGGAGGGCGUCCGAGACAUGCUGGUGAAGCACCACCUCUUCAGCUGGGAUGUGGACGGGUGACCCCUUCCUCCUCACCCUGGCCAGCCUUGGGCCUGCGGUGGCCCAGGCUGCAGGGUCUGGGGAAGAGGUGUUCCAGAGCCCUGCCUAGGGCCCCGGGAUUUCAGGCUCCCCCCCUCCAGUUUUCCCAGCACAUCCCAGGUGGUGGGAGCAGAGGGUGCCCUGCCCCACCAGGGUCCUUAGGGCCCAAACCACAGUUUGUACCAAAAACCUUUGAGGAGGUAGGGAGCCACAUCUUUGCUCAGGAAGAGGGAAGGGGGUGGGGAUGAGCUAAUAGGUUCCUGGACUCUGGUUUAUAAAUAAACUGUCUUUGAGAAAGUA